AUGAUGGCCAGCUAUCGUGUAUUGAGCUACGAUGAAUCACAGGACCUCGACGAGUGGCUGGCCAAGCGUAAGCUGGUGUUGAAUCAUCGCACCCGCUGCACCCUCUGCGAUGUGGUGAAUGUGGCCAAGCUGUUCAAGGAUGCCGUGCCCGAUCUGGUGGACUUGCGCAAGUACACCUCGCACUGCAGCGUGGCCCUGAAGCUGGCCAACUGGCGCAUCUUCAAUGAUUCGGUGUUGCGCAAACUGAAGAUUAGUAUGCCGGAUGACGUGCUGCAGGAGCUGGCAGCAGGACAAUUGCAUGCAAUGCGUCUGGUGAUGUUCUUCCUGAUGCGCAUUGAGCAGGACAGAUACAGCAUGGAGCCACUGUCGCAAGAGCUAAGCGACGUGGAGCACGAGCUGCUGGAGCAGCAGCAGGAGCCUGCUCUUGAGAAGAACGGCAUGGUAACCCUGGCCAAGUAUGAGGAACUGGUGCGCGAGGUGAAGGUAAUGGAUCAGUACAUUAAAUCGACUGUGCAGAAGGUUGAGGAUCUGGAGAACGUCAUACGGAGCAAGGAUGGCCACAUCAAGAAGCUAAUGGAUCAACUGAACACACUCACUGUACGCAUUUUAUCCAUAGAUAAUGCCAUCAAUGAAGACGACUAUUGA